GAUUUAUUAAUUAUCAACAAUAAUAAUAUUAUUAUUAUUCAUAAUGUCUAACUAUGCUAAUAUGUGCAUGCUAAUUUUAUUGUCUCAAAUAUUAUUAUCAUUGUUAUCAUUAAACAAUUGGUUUAUUGUCGGUAUUAAUGCUAAUACAGAUAAUUUUGAUUUUGAGGAAAAUACAGGUAAACUGCGUAAAGCUUUUUGUGUGCCCACACAAACUGAUACGCAAAUCGUGCGUAAGUUAAUUGAUUGCGAAGACAAAUCAUUGAACGGUGUAUCCAAUGAUUUGAAACAAUUGAAAACACAAUAUCACAAAAUAGAGGAACAGUGUCUAAAUGGUAUGGAUGGGGAUAUUAGCGCCUAUAGUAAAGUCGAUUUAAAAGAUGAAAAAGUUAAACGUUUUUUACUAUCGGAAUGUUCCCAGAAAUUUAUCGACUGUACUACCAAUAAACUAAGCAAAGAUGAAACUACGGCUAAAAAUAUGCAAAAAUUGUAUCAAGAAUUUCUAGGUUCCUAUAAAAAGCAUCUGGAAUGUGCAAAAAAAGUUUUAAAUAUUUAAAUACAACAU